UGCGUUUGUAUAUAGUGCAUGUAUAUUUUUUUGUAUGGAUUUUUGUCAUUUCUUACCUUUACCAUGCGUAACUGCAAUACAUGGAAACAAGCGGAAUAAGAUAGGUUUUGUUUUCGUAACAUUCUGUUUACGCACGGAGCAGCUUGCACAUUUAUAGCCAUAUUAAUAUAGCCAUAACAAAAUCGUUGCAAAGAUGCAUAUUUUUACCAAAUAAUCCGACACUGGGCUCUCACUGGCGGGUCCAACCCGGAGGACGAACUGUUAUCUUGACAGAGCGCAUCGAAACUAAUAAUCCAGAGAUGGCACGGCUAUUGUUUCUGAUUAUUCUCUGUGCUCUUCCGUCUCUUGUUGUGCCCAUACAUAAUUCAUCAGCUGGAGGCUGUGCCAUCAUCCGGCCUCCCAGGGACGGGGGCAUCCGCUACAGAGGCCUGACACAAGAACAGAUCCGCAGUGUGCAGAUCCUUCCUGUGGAUUAUGAGAUCGAGUACAUUUGCAGAGGAAACCGGGUGAUCGUGGGGCCCAAGGUCAGGAAGUGCUUACCCAACGGCACAUGGACGGACAUGACGCAGCACAGCAGAUGCUUGCUGCUGUGCCCGAGAGUGUGGACGUCUCUGGAGAACGGGCGGGUGACGGUGAAGCCUCCUGGACCUCCAGUGGAAGGGACAGUGCUCCAUUACAGCUGCCACGCUGGCUUCAUCCUGGAGGGCAGAAACAUCAGCCACUGCACUAAGCUGGGCAAAUGGGAUGCACCUAAACCCACCUGCCUCUACGACAGAAACUACACAGGCAAGAAGAAGCUAUACAUCGGAGCGCUGUUCCCCAUGAGCGGAGGUUGGCCGGGCGGCCAGGCGUGUAUGCCCUCCGCUCAGAUGGCCCUGGACCUGGUGAACAACAGGAGCGACAUCCUGCCCGACUACGAGCUGGAGCUCAUCCACUACGACAGCAUGUGUGACCCAGGUGAGGCCACCAAGUUGCUGUAUGACCUUCUGUACACCGAGCCCAUCAAGAUUGUCCUGAUGCCCGGCUGCAGCGGCGUCUCGACGCUAGUGGCUGAAGCUGCUCGCAUGUGGAACCUCAUAGUGCUGUCCUAUGGCUCCAGCUCACCGGCUUUAUCCAACCGUCAGCGUUUCCCCACCUUCUUCCGUACGCACCCAUCGGCCACCCUCCACAACCCCACCAGGGUGCAGCUCUUCCAGAAGUGGAAGUGGACUCGGAUCGCCACCAUCCAGCAGACCACCGAAGUCUUUACCUCAACUCUGGACGAUCUGGAGCAGAGGGUAAAGGAGGCAGGCAUCGAGAUCAGUGUUCGCCAGAGUUUCCUCACCGACCCUGCUGUCGCUGUCAAGAACCUCAAGCGCCAGGAUGCAAGGAUCAUUGUGGGUCUCUUUUAUGAAACUGAAGCCAGGAAGGUGUUUUGUGAGGUGUUCAAGGAAAAGCUCUAUGGGAAGAAGUAUGUGUGGUUCCUGAUAGGCUGGUACGCAGACAACUGGUUCAAGAUCAAAGACCCAGCUAUCAACUGUACGGUGGAGAACAUGACUGAGGCUGUGGAGGGACACGUGACCACUGAGAUCGUCAUGCUGAAUCCUGAGACUGUCCGCGGCGUCUCCAAUAUGACAUCGCAGGAGUUUCUUGUUGCCUUGAUGUCUCGCCUGGGAGGAAAGAACCCAGAGGAGACCGGCGGGUUUCAGGAGGCUCCUCUUGCCUACGACGCAGUGUGGGCUCUGGCCCUUGCCCUCAAUAAGACUGUCGCGCCACUGAAGGCCAGGGGCCGACGUCUGGAGGACUUCAAUUAUAACAACCACGACAUCACCUCCGAGAUCUACAGGGCCCUCAACACAAGCUCCUUUGAAGGUGUUUCGGGCCAGGUGGUGUUUGACGCCCAGGGUUCCAGGAUGGCAAUGACUCUCAUCGAACAACUGCAAGGAGGUAGUUACAAGAAGAUUGGUUACUAUGACAGCUCUCAGAAGAACCUCUCCUGGUUUGGAAACGAUGUUUGGAUAGGUGCUGGACCUCCGGCUGAUCGGACAGUGGUGAUUGAAGAGUACAGAUUCUUGUCUCAAAAGCUGUUUGCGGCCGUGUCCGUCUUCGCCGGCCUUGGCAUCCUGCUUGGCAUCGUCUGUCUAACCUUCAACAUCUACAAUGGCAACGUCCGCUACAUCCAGAACUCUCAGCCCUACCUGAACAACAUGACAGCGGUGGGCUGCAUGAUGGCUCUGGCUGCAGUCUUCCCGCUGGGGAUUGAUGGUCACCACGUCCACCGAUCACAGUUCCCCGUUGUCUGCCAGUUCCGCCUGUGGCUCCUCGGCCUCGGCUUCAGCCUGGCGUACGGCAGCAUGUUCACCAAGAUCUGGUGGGUCCACACCCUCUUCACAAAGAAGGACGAGAAGAAGGAGAAGAAGAAGCAACACUUGGAGCCAUGGAAACUCUACGCAACAGUUGGAGUGCUGCUGGCUAUCGACUUCCUGUCACUCAUGAUUUGGCAGAUCGUGGAUCCUCUGCACAUUACGGUCGAGAAGUUCACUAAGGAGGCCCCUAAAGAAGAUUUGGAUGUCCUGAUUCAGCCCUUGUUGGAGCACUGCAGCUCAGAGAAGAUGAACACAUGGCUUGGUGUGGUUUAUGGCUACAAGGGUCUGCUGCUGCUGCUGGGCAUUUUUCUGGCUUACGAGACCAAGUCUGUCUCCACAGAAAAGAUCAAUGACCAUCGGGCCGUGGGGAUGGCUAUUUACAACGUUGCUGUCCUGUGCCUGAUCACGGCUCCAGUGACUAUGAUCCUGUCUUCGCAGCAGGACGCCUCCUUUGCCUUUGCGUCUCUAGCAAUAGUCUUCUCUGCCUACAUCACUCUGGUUGUGCUUUUUGUACCCAAGAUGCGGCGCCUCGUCACCCGCGGUGAGUGGCAGUCGGAGCAGCAGGACACUCUGAAGACCGGCUCUUCCACCAACAACAACGACGAGGAGAAAUCCAGGCAGCUUGAGAGAGAGAACAGGGAGUUACAAAAGAUCAUCCAGGAGAAAGAAGAGAGGGUAUCAGCACUCCGCAACCAGCUGGCUGAGCGACAGUCUCUACGUAACCGCCGCCGACCCUCCACAGGCCAGAACCAGAACCACAACGCCCCCCCGCCCUCGUCCCAGCCGGAUCCCAAGUCUCUGCUUCCACCGCCAGGCUACCCCAACCCCACCACAGACAAUCACUCGCUUCCGCCCUCCUUCUCCAACUCUUCCAACCUCUACCCAGCAGACAGCAAGAUGAGCCGCAACCACUGUCACAACAGCCAGAUCCCACUGCUGUAUAAAUAGGCGAUCACGGGAGGGAGGCAGUCACACAGUGCACACAGGGGACACAAAACACAGGGAGACACUGUGACUUUCACUUGUUUGGGGCGAUGAGCACAGCGGUGUAGUGACACUGUUUUAAAAUACGGCGUGGAGUCACAAAUAGGUACACAGGAGCGCUUUACACUUGGCAGCUUCGGGGAAAGUCAUGCAGGUAACACCCAUCCUCACAGUUUUGAUCUCACUGUGUUCAACUCAGCAACAAGGCACUUGUGACUGGUCAACACAGCGACAAGCACAUCUCCAGACUAACGGCACUCAAGGUCCUUUUCAAAGGUGAAGUGAAUGGAUAGAUCUCUUCGUCAUUCCUCUCCCUCAUUCGUUAUCUCCUUCUGUUGUGGAGACAACCACAUCGAGGAUCUUAAAAGGAAAAGUUUGUGUUUGUGUCUUUGCUAAGUCGUCUCCACCUUUUGUCUUUAAAGUUUGUUGACUAGACAAGCACAGUAGUGAUUUAUAUUGUUCUGUAAUAUCUGACCUGUUUCGUCAUGGAGUUGUUGUUCAAUUAUUUGUUUACUUUUCCGGAGAGUUGUGAAAGCUGAAAUUUACAAAGGGACUAAGCAAUGUACAGUUUUUUUCCCAACGUUUCCUCUGUAGGGCGGCUGAGCUCGACUGUGUGGAAUUCUGGUUUCACUGAAAAGUGAUAAUGUGCAUUAUUAAAUAGCCAUAACUGAGAAGAGUCAAGGAGCUUGGCAUGUAUGGACGUUUGUUGUCAGAACUGUGUUUUCAAGUACGGCAUUGCAUCUUAAAAACCCAGUGUUUUGCUGAUGGAUGAAUAUUACACCCAUUUUACAGGAGAAAAUUAUAAAAGCUUACAGAUGUAUGAGGACAAUUUUGAUAGUUUUGCCAUUUAAAAUGAUGUUUUGCAAUGUAUUUUUUGAGAUUUGCGUUGUAUCUCUUUAGCAGUAAAGUACAGUAGUAGCCAUCAAAUAAAUCCCACAUCCUGCACCUCAAGUAUCAUGCAGAUGUUACUGGCUACUGCUGCAGCCACAGUCACUGCAGCUGAUUGUUAUAUUUUGUAGGUAAUAACUGAAGGGGACUUAAAAAUCUAUAACUAUGAAACUCCAGAUUCCAACUUAACAGAAGAAUAGUUUGUACUUUCUGCCUCCUGAAAAUAAAAGCCAAUUUAUAUUUCUACAGCAGCAGCGAGAUGUGGGGCUUCUGUGAUGGCUGUUUCUGUAGAUAUUCAGAGAAAGCACAGUUUUUAUACACAUGAAAUUUGUUACAUGUCAUUAUUGUGAGCCUUUUUAUUUUGAAAGGAUGUUGUUGUUUUUUUUAAGUUUUCCCAUAACAGACAAUCUGGAUGGACGCUCAUUUGUUUGUACUUUUCUUUCUCAUUUUGCCUUUGAAUAACUGUAAAUGUAUCACAGAGGGAUAUAAGUAAUGUGACAUACUGUAUUUAUUCAGCAGUUAAUCUGGAUGUACUAUUUCAUUCAUGAGCUAUUUCCAGAUUUUAUAAAGCAAUGAUACCUGAACAGCUUUAUCAGCAGGUAAAACAAUACUUUGUCAAAUGUUUUUAAAUAUAUAUAUAUACUUCAGUGUGCACUUUAAACUGAACAAACUAUGGUUAUUCCACUUUAUGUUACUGUUAUUCUAAUACAUCUUAGCUCAGGGUAUGGAGAAGGACAGUCAUAAAUGAAUGAAAUAGGCCAUAUUUAUUAACUGUGCAGUUCAUGGAUCAGAUAGUGUAACAUAUGAAUGCAGAAAUAAUUUAGGAAAUGUUCUAUUAUCUCGCACAUAUAUGACAAUAUACAUGGAUUUGGGGAUAUUUGUAUUCACUAUAUCUAAGAUCUUAAAUGUUAAUAUAUUUCAGAGUAUGUGUAUGCAAAUAUAUGGGUACCAUAAAUAAAAAUAAUUGUUUUUUCACAUGGUAUGUUUGUGUUUCAGUGAUACCUUUUGUAUCAUUGGAAAUGUAGAACAAGA